AUGUCUGUCUCGUCGUGGAAGCAAUUUCAGUUUUAUGAAAGCACACCCAUAAGAGACCCACUAUUAGGCUCUGAUACGCCGCUAUAUGCUGACCCAACACUCUCAGCGGCUGCACCCAUAGCAUCAUCAAGAUUGGCACUUGCAAUACGUUCAAAUGUUUUAAGAGUGGUUAACUUAAGCAAAACCGAAAUAGAACAUGAGUUUGUUGCAUUCGAGCAAGGUUUUCAAAUUACAUAUUUAAAGGUGAUAGGGAAUAAUUUCUUGGUAGCCGUUGGCGAACAAAUUGGUAAACCAGCAUUGAUUAGAAUUUUCAAAUUGGAGAAACUUCCGAAUAACGAAUCUUCCUACCAUGCUCAAGUUGAAGUGAAAAAUGGCAAUAAUACCUACCCUAUAUCUGUAAUGAGCGUCAAUAAAGAUUUAUCAUGCAUCGCAAUUGGUUUUGUGAAUGGUAGAAUACUACUCAUUAGAGGCGACCUUUCCAGAGAUCGAGGCUCGCGGCAGAGGUUGAUUUACGAGGAUUCAGGAAGAGAGCCUAUUACUGCACUGUUCUUGAACAAAGAGGCAACAAAUUGUUUUGCCGCCACCACAAGCUCAAUUCUUUUAUUCAAUACAACAGGGCGUAAUAGCGGACAGCCAGAUAUAAUUUUGAACUCCCAACAGGGAAUCGAUCUGAAUUGUAGCUGCUAUAGUGAUUUCACUGGAGAGUACAUAUGCAGUUUGAAAGAUUGCAUGCAUUUCUAUAAUGAAAUGGGAGAGAGUCAUUCAUUACUGUUUGAUCUCUCAAAUGUGAAGAAACUAUAUUCUGUUGAUCCGGAUCACAUUCUCCUGGUAGUUGAAGCAGAGCAGGCGCAAUCAUCAGUACUUGCAGUCGAAGAAUUUACCCAUUCAAAAGCAAAUCGAGUAAUAAUUAUCGAUACGAAAAAUAAAAUCAUAUCUCUAAACAUACUGAUAUCACACGCCAUUAUUGAUAUUUUUUCGGUUGUUGAAACGAAUAAUACAAGGGCAACAUAUUUACUCACAUCUGAAGUUCUUAUCUGUAAGAUUACGGAGAAACCCCCUCAAGAACAGUUGGAUAUCGUUCUUCAAAAGGAAAUGUUCCCUUUCGCCCUAGACCUGGCAGCUCAAACUUCGCUAAGUGCAUUCAAAGUACAGGAGAUCCAUAAGCAGUAUGGUGAUUGGUUUUAUAAAAAGGGCCAGAAGAGUGAAGCAGUGAAUGAAUAUAUUCAGUGUUUAGAUGUCGUUGAAACAAGUGAAAUAAUUUCAAAAUUUGGAGUAAAUGAAACUCCUGACCCCGAUGGACUGAAAAAUUUGUCAGAUUAUUUGUGGUCGCUCGUAAAGAGUGGUAUCUCUAAUUCAGACCACAUAACCUUACUACUCAUUGCAUUAAUCAAGCUACGAGCAGAAGAUGAAAUAAUUUAUUUCAUGAAUCAUUAUAGUAGAUCAGGUCAUUACUCAAAAGAACCAAUUACCAAGGAUGUAGAUGAUGAGUCCUAUUUUUAUUCUGACGGUUCUCUGUUUGAUCUAGAACUGGUAGUUAGAUUACUUCAAGAAAGCAAUUUUGAAAAGUUGGCCUCUAAUAUAGCAUCGAAAUAUGCUAAAGAUGCAACAAUUAUAGUUGAAAUUCUGCUACAAUCCUUGAACGAUCCACAUUCUGCACUGAAAUACAUCAAAAGUCUAUCCAUUGAUGAAACUUUAAGAGUUUUAGUAGCAUUUUCAAAAAAACUACUUGAAGCACUACCUAAUGAUACCAAUUUAUUGCUGAUCGAAGUUUUCACAGGAAAAUACAAACAGAAAAGCUAUAAUUUAAAACCAAAACAAUCAGAAACACAAUCUCAUUCUCACGAAUUUUUAGACGAUGCAAAAAAGGUGUUUUACAGUUAUAAAACAUUUUUAAACUAUAUUAAUGAUACAAUGAUAAACACAGCUUUUGAGCAGGACAGCUUGACCGAUAAUGCCUCACCAACAUACCAUCCUCCUAAACCAUCUCUCAUAUUUACCUCUUUUCUAUCGAAACCAUUUGAGUUUGUCGUCUUUUUGGAAGCAUGCCUUGAGAGUUAUCAGCAGUAUGAAGGUUCCAAAGAAGACAAGCAAGAGAUCUUGACUACGCUUUACGAUCUCUAUUUAUCUUUGGCUAAUGAUGACGUUCAGGAACGUCAAAAAGACUGGAAAUCAAGAGCCAAAAAGGUUUUGAAAGAAAGCAAUUCUUUAGUAAUGACUAAUGAAGCGGCAACAACACGAUCCGGUGUGCCCUCGAAACCUGUAGAUAAUUCUUUAAUGAUGUUAAUCUCGCACAUGAACGAAAUGGGCAUUUACUCAGUUGCAACGUCAACAGAAAAUGAAAAUUCAAGCUCCACAUUAGACAGUGGUAAUAGAGCAAACCUUGUCAAUACGUUCCGUUCAUUGACUUUCACGGAUCAAACAGCUGAGUGCUUACAAUUUCUCGAAAAGUACGAAGAGCAGGAGCCUCAAUUGUACAGGGUGGCUUUAACGUAUUUCGUUUCCUCCCGUCGUCUAUUGAAAGCAAUUGGGGGAGAACAAGUACUAAAGGAAAAAAUUUUGAAUAAAAUUUUGGAGAAAAACCUAAUGCCAAUACUUGAUAUUCUUCAGGUACUUGGCUCGACAAAUGUUGUUACGUAUGGAUUAAUCAAGGACAUGCUAAUAAGUCAUGUUAAAGAAGAAGAGGAGGAGAUAACAAAGAGUGAAAAAUUGAUCAAGUCUUAUGAAUUAGAACUACAAACAAAAAAAGAAAAGCUGAAGAAGCUUCUCAACUUUGAUGAACCUACGCAAAUAAAAGUCAAGAACUCUAAAUGUCUUGUGUGUAACACUUCGGUUGAAUUACCACUCAUUUACUUCAAAUGUGGGCACAUAUAUCACGUAAGAUGUCUCAACGAGGAAGACAAGUUGGAAAAUGGAGAAAGACUUUUCAAGUGUCCUAAGUGUGUUGUUGAAGUCGAAAUGUCCGAACGCUUAUUUCAUGCCCAAAAAGCUGUAGGAUCGAAAGCAGAUCUAUUGCAAAUGGCGUUGAAUGACGAAGACGAUAGCAGCAACAGAUUUAAAGUUGUUACAGAAUUUAUUGGAAGAGGUGGACUGGAAUAUUCGCAUAUAACCCUAGAAAAAUAA